AUGAAUGUCAACCGCGGAGAUUUGGCAGUUCUCAACUAUGAUGAUCGAAGUGUUGAUAUACUUCUUGGUAAUGGAAAAAAUGACUAUGAGACUGAAUACUAUUAUACGACAGAUGCUGCACCAAAUUCUGUGUUUAAUGUUGAUCUAAACCAUGAUGGACUCAUGGAUAUUGUAGUAACGAAUGGAGACGAUGACAGCAUUAGCGUCCUACUUGAUAAUGACGACAAAACAUUUCAGACUUCGAUCGAAUAUUUAGUCGGUGACAAUCCAAUGUCAGUGACAGGCGGUGAUUUCGACAACGAUACGCUAACAGAUAUAUUAGUAGCGAACUCUGAUGACGAUACGGUUAGCUUGGUGUUGGGCGAUGAGGAAGGCACAUUUUCUGAUAUUCAAAUUGCUUUUGACGUUGGCUCAAAACCUGUCUAUAUCAUAUCAGAUGAUUUUAAUCAGGAUGGAAAACUAGACUGGGCAGUUAUCAAUCAAGAUGAUAACACUGUCAGCGUAGCAAUUGGAUAUGGAAAUGCAACUUUUGAAAAUCUACGGACUUAUAACGUUGGUGCGACACCAGUCUCUAUGAUAUAUCAGGAUUUUAAUAAAGAUGGUAAAGUAGAUUUGGUAGUGGUAAACUAUGGCGAUAAUAGUAUUAGUGUGCUGCUGGGUAAUGGUGAUGGGACGUUUCAGGCUCAAAUUGCUUACGGAGUUGGUAUGAGUCCAAGUGCUGCAGUGGCAGCUGAUUUCAAUAAUGAUAACAAGAUGGAUUUAGCUUUAACGUUUUCGAAUGAAUCUUUCAUUGGUGUGUCAUAUGGAAAUGGUGAUGGAAGCUUUCAGAGACCUAUAAAAUAUAAGGUUGGUACUUCACCAAGUGCUAUGAGAGCAGAUGAUUUUAACGACGAUGGUAGAAUAGAUCUGGUAGUAGCAAAUUCUGGAGAACACACGUUCAGUAUGUUGAUUAACGGUGUUGAUGGAACAUUUCAAGAUCAAAUUAAAUAUGCUACUGGUGCGAAUCCGGUAGCGAUAACUUCAGCUGAUUAUGAUAACGAUAAAAUAAUCGAUGUGUUGGUGGUCAAUAAGGGAGAUAAUAGUGUCUCCUUGCUACUAGGUAAUGGAGAUGGAACCUGUCGUGGUCGAAUGCCGCACAGGCUCGAGAAGAUAGCCGAUUCGAUGGCAACAGGUGAUUUCAAUAAUGAUACGAAAUUAGAUCUGGUAUUAACUAAUACAAUUGAUCACAGUAUUACUCUACUUCUUGGUAGUGGAUAUGGUACCUUCCAAUUUGAAAUAAUAUAUAAGAUUCAUUCCCCACCGACCUUCGUAGUAGUCUAUGAUUUGAAUAAUGACACGAUGGUAGAUCUGGUUCUUGUCAAUCAGCACAACGACACCAUCACUUUGCUGUUGGGUAAUGGAGAUGGAACCUUUCAAAAUGGAACAAAGUUCAUGACUGCUAGUCGACCGAGUUCUGUAGUUGUAGGUGAUUUCAACAAUGAUAACAAACCAGAUCUAGCAGUCACCAACUUAGGCGCUCACAAUAUUAUUGUUCUAUUGGGAUAUGACAAUGGUACUUUCCAGACUAAUACAACGUUUAAGUGUGGUGCUAGCCCUACUUUUGUGAUAUCAGUUGAUUUAAAUCGUGACCAGAUCAUGGAUCUCGUAGUGACCAAUCUAGGUGACCAUACGAUUAGUAUUUUAUUUGGCUGGGGAAAUGGAGAUUUUCAAGCUCAAAUAAAAUACGAAGUUGAUAGGGAACCAAAUCAUGUAAUGUCAGGCGAUUUUAAUAAUGACAAUAAAAUGGAUUUAGCAGUGCUCGGUCGACUUUCGAAUCAUAUGGAUGUAUUGUUUGGUGAUGGAAAUAUGACAUUUCCGAUUCGAAAACGGUAUGGAACAAGUAGUAGUCCAGGUCCAGCCGUAGCCUAUGAUUUCAACAAAGAUGAAAAAAUCGAUAUUGCUGUGCUGAACAAACUUUCUAACCUAUUAUAUAUUUUCUUAAACGAGUGCUCAUAA